AUGCCCACAAAAUUCAAGUUGAACACCGGAGCCGAGGUCCCAGCCCUUGGAUUCGGCACCUGGCAGGAUGCGGAUGCACAGGAAGAUGCCGUAGCGGAAGCAAUCAAGGCAGGAUACCGUCACAUCGACACUGCACGCGUUUAUGCAACUGAGAAGGCUGUCGGCAAAGGCGUCAAGAAAAGCGGUGUCCCACGCGAAGAGCUCUUCAUUACAACUAAGCUAUGGAACAACAAGCACCACCCAGACGACGUGGCAUCGGCUAUGCAGCAAUCCCUGGACGAUCUAGACAUGGACUACGUUGAUCUGUUCCUGAUUCACUGGCCUGUGGCCUGGGAACGAGGGGAGGAACUCUUUCCGGUAAAGGAUGGGAAGCCGAUCAUGGUGAAUAUCGACAUUGCCGACACGUACAAAGCGAUGGAACAGCUUCUGAAAACCGGCAAGGCGAGGGCGAUCGGCGUCUCGAACUUUAACAAGUCCGAGAUGGAGCACUUGAUCAAGAACUCUUCCGUCGUUCCCGCUGUGCACCAGAUGGAAUGUCAUCCGUGGCUCCAGCAGCAUGAUUUCACCGAAUGGAAUCGAAGUCAGGGUAUACUUGUCAUGCACUACUCGCCGUUUGGAAACCAGAACUCUCUCUAUGCUGGGAAGCGCCCCGCCCAUCUGCUCGAUGAGCCUGUGUUGGCGGAGAUAGGCAAGCCGUACAACAAAACCCCCUCUCAGGUUGCUCUUGCCUGGGCAGUCACGCAGGGGCACGCGGUGCUGUCGAAGUCUAAAACACCUGUGAGGAUCAGGGCCAAUCUGGGAGGGGAUUUCAAGCUGAGCCCAGAAGACAUGAAGAAGAUUGAGAAACUCAACAGGAAAUUCCGUUUCAAUGAUAGCAGCAACGAGUUUGGCAGAGAGUGCUUUGUUGGUCUGGAGGGAAAGAACUGA